AUGACCUAUAAUUUAGGUAGAGUACAUUUAUAUUUGAACUUAGGUCUUUUUAUAUUACAUAUAAUAAAUAUAAAGUCUACAUUUUGCAUUGACCAUGAAGAAGCUACUGACUUUGAAAAUAAUAUUGAGACUGAGGAAACUACUGAUUUUAUAGCUACAUAUGGAGUUCCAUGGAUUGUAAAAGGUAAUAUGAAAGCUGAUGACGAAUAUCAGCAAGAAUUAAGUGAUUUAUUUUAUUUGGAAGAAUAUAAAUAUGACUCAUAUAACGAAAAAGAUGCUGAAAUAAAUCAUUUUAACUCUAUAAACAAAAAUAAAUGUGAUAAUUUUAGUGUUUUUAAGAGAUUAAAGAGUAUAAGAGAAGACCUUUUGAAUAAUUGGGCAUUUAAUAUAAAAUAUGGAAGUCUAGAAGUACAAAAACAGACAUUUUGGAGAGUAUUAGGUAAAGUUUCAACUACUCAUAGUAAAACGUAUCCAAAUUAUUGGAAUCCACCAAGAAAUUAUAGUGAAUGUUGGGGACAACUAGAGAAGUUAGCUUUAGAUAGAGCAAUUGAACUAUACUCACGUAAAUUUACUAUAUCUGAAAUUUUGGAAACUAAACAUAAAUCCUCAGAUAACAAAUUAGGGAAUAUAGAAGAAGAUGGCAUGACAUAUGAUGAAAGUACUAUAACUACUUCUGCAUCUGAAUCAGGUAAAUUUAUAACAUCUAAUUCAGAUAAAGUAAAAGACUUGUUUAUCCCAAUAAAUAUAUUAGCUACAAACAAAUCUGACAUAAAUAUUAAUAGAAAAGUCUAUAGAGAUUUCAUUAUAAAUACUGUUGAUGAUACUCCAUCAUUAGAUUCUGCAAUAACUCAGACUUGUGAAAUGUAUAUGAACAUAGUACUAAAUAUCUAUAAACAUGCAGAUAAUUUAAGUAACUAUGAUUUUGCUUAUAUUUCAAAGAAUAAAAUAAUGUACAAUAAAUGGUUAUAUCUUUACCAGAUAUCCCCAAACAAAAGUUUAUGGGAUAUAUUUCUUCAACUAAUUACAUUUAGGGGUGAUCUAUCAAUAUAUGGUCUUAGUAAUGGAGAUACACCUAUAUUACCAAGCCAAAAGAGAAUGUUUUUACCUGAGCAUGCUCCAGACUUUUUUGAAUUUACUACAAUCCCUGAGCAGUGCUCAAAUAAUCUUCUUGCUCUUUCAAUGAAUCCAAAUUUUAAGAUACGUCUGGGAGUAUCAAAGAUACCUAAAAUUGUUCACCUUGGACGAUUUGUAAGAUAUGUCGAAACCACAAGUGCUCAAAGAUAUAUUUCAAUGAAUUUAUGUAUUAAAGCUAUAAAGGUACUUGAAAUGUACCAAGCAUAUUAUUACCGACAGAUUAAUGAAUAUAGACCUGAUCCUUAUAGCUCAUUCUAUUGGCAGAUACCUAAUUGGAGUAGCUUAGGAGGAUAUGUUAGUUAUAUACCUUUGGAUUCUUCGGUAUUACAACCAAGAAGAGAUCAAUUUGUGUGGUGUUUAUUGUGGUGUUCAACGGAAUAUGCAAGGACAUAUUCACAUUAUAGGGCAAAUCCUAUUAAAUUAGAAGCAGAUAUUUUACAUAUACCUAUGAGAAUACCAAAUAUAGAUCUUAAGGGGAAUAUUGAAACUUGUAUUGCAAUUAUGAAGAGUUUUUGGGAAGUAGGCAUUUUAACUAUAAACAAAAACAAGUAUAGACCUCUACUAUUAAAUUCUUCAGAGGAGGUAUUAGCUGAUCAUGCAACAUUAUACUAUAUAUGCGGAAUAAUAUUGAAAUGUAGAGCUACAUUUCAUAGGGCUUAUCUCAAGGAAUAUCAAGCUCAUCUGAUAAAUGAAGAAGUUGAAAUGAUGUAUGAUACACAAGAUCCAUCUUCUGUAUUCAGUCAUAUCAAUAGUAGAUCAUUAACUCUUAAAUUACCUCGCCUUAAAUCAAUAAAAAAAGCUAAGACAAUCAUUUAUGGUAUAAUCUCAACUGUAUUAUUUGGUUCAGUAGCCGGAUCAUUAAUUGUACACUUUUCGAUAGUUCCAAACUUUACUCCUGAUUCAUCAAUUCAUCACAAUACACUAGCAAGAAUUUAA